GAUCCUAUGAUUUGCGAUCUGGUGAUUUAUGACAAUACAGUGUAGCUUACGUGCAAGUGCGGAUACGUCCACCUUUCAAGACUGCCCACUUUACGUUUCAUCCUACAUGCGUGAAUACGUUGUUAGGUAUUUGAUUAAAAUUUAUAUUUUGUUUAUAAUCUACCCUUUUUUAUCACACACGGUUUGUGUUUAAGAUAACAAGCGUAUUUUAAAUGCGUUGGAAACGAUUUUAUAACCGUGUCAGUAUGAUUGAAGGGGUCCGUGAAGGCAACGCAAUCAUUCCGCAACCUUGGGGGCAGGGGACGGUGUACUGGUUUCCUGUGAGUUGGUAACCAUAAAUAAGUGUGUAUUUUUUCGAAAGAAAGACGUUUUUCCUCGAGAGGAAGCCCCGUGGGAUUAUCAUCUGACUGUAAAUAAUUGUUUCUGUGAACAAAGUCAGUCUCUGAACCAGAGAUGACCACAGAGAAGAUUGAAUGGUACCCAGUCCCGGAGAGCCCCCCUCCUCCGUACCCCCCAGGGGAGCCAGCAUUAAACAUGAACAUGCCAGGCCCCAAUAUGUUCGCAGGGCCUGCUCCUGGUGGUCUGCCGUUCCCUCCUCCUACUGCUUUUGGGCAAGGUAUUCCCGGUGGUUUUGGGAUGCCUCAACCCUCAAACCCUCAAGGAGGCAUUGGAUUUGGUGUGAAUCCAUCAUCCCCUCCUUAUUCUCCACCCAUCCAGAACUUCACGGAUGAUGAUCUUUAUCCAAACCGGGAUGAUCCACCUGCCUUCAAUGAGAACCAAGACUUUGACUUUGGAUUGGACAACAAGACCAUAAGACGAGCAUUUAUUCGCAAGGUUUUCCUGGUCUUAUCAGUUCAGCUGUUGGUGACGUUUGCCUUUGUGGCUGUUUUCACCUUUGUGGAUGAAGUGAAGGCGUUUGUCCUGGUGAACCAAUGGACCUACCUUGUCUCCUACGCUGUGUUCUUUGUGUCGGUGUGCGUGAUCAGCUGCUGUGGAAGCUUUCGCCGUAAGCAUCCGUGGAAUCUGGUCGCACUGUCCAUCCUGACUCUCAGUUUGUCCUACAUGGUGGGAAUGAUCGCCAGCUUUCAUGAAACUGACUCGGUGGUGAUGGCUGUGGGGAUCACGUCAGUGGUGUGCUUCACCGUAGUCAUCUUCUCUCUGCAGACCAAGUAUGACUUUACUUCCUGUCACGGAGUGCUUUUCGUCUGUCUGGUUGUGCUGAUCUUCUUUGGCAUCCUCUGCAUUUUCAUCCGUGACAAUAUACUACACAUUGUGUAUGCUGGACUGGGAGCCUUACUCUUCACCUGUUUCCUGGCAGUGGAUACGCAGCUGCUGCUUGGCAACAAGGAGUUGUCCCUGAGUCCAGAGGAAUAUGUCUUUGCUGCUCUCACACUCUACACUGACAUCAUCAACAUCCUCCUCUACAUUCUUGCCAUCAUUGGAAAAGCAAGAGGAGGCUGAGCAACAGGAGAGUGGCUCUGGUUCUGAAGUAUAAAUGUUAAUUGUCAUAAGCUUGAUUUCUCUUUUUGUCUUGUAGUGUGCACCAAUCACAUAAAUGUUUUUAACCCUCUGGAAAUGUUAAUUUCCUAGGAUAUUAUACAGUUUUUUAUUUUGUAGUUUUGAUGACUUUUACCUGCUGUAUAAAAUAUUUCUUAUGACAGAGGAAUGUUGACCAAUUCAGUCAUAACUCAAACUUCACUAACUUGCCCCCCAAACACAGUUUUUAUGUGUAACAUAUUUUGUGUUGAGUUGAUAUGGAAGUUAGAUUUCCCACCUGUUAUAAUUAGCUAAAUAGUUAUAAUUUGAAUCAUUCCACCUUCAGUAUUUCUUGUUGAACACCAACACAGUCUUUGGUAAAUACAGACACACUGCAAAUGUCUGGAUUAGACCAUCUGGUUUGCUUUUUCUUGUUGACUCAAAUCCUGUGCCAAGAGAAAUUGUUUAAGCCUAACUAGUAAGUCAGCUUUGUUGGAAACUAUUAAUGACCAAAAAUACAUAAACUGAAUUGUCUGCUAGAGGUUAAAAAAAUCCAGUAAGUGCACUUUGAGGUGGGACUUUUGUCCAACUACUGUUACAGAAUGGAAAUACAUUUUUAUAGUUUAAA